CGGUGGCCUCCGUCCCGCCCCCGCGAGGACAGCCAAUGGUAGCGCAGCCGGACCGGAAGUGCUUCCGGCCGGACGGCGUUUCCACGGACGCCUAGGAGACGCCUAGACGCGGAACCGGCGGCGCCGAGAGGCCCGCAUGGGCCGUGUCUGCCCCGUGCCAGAGGCUUUGCCUAUAACAUCACCCUUAGUCCCCUCCACGGUAAAGUAAGGAGGCUCCUUUGUGCCCAUUUCACAGAAGAGGAAACUGAGGAUGGAGCAGAGAGUGUGUCAGGACCACUGAGCGACUCUUCCAUUGCCCAGCUGUUAGCCUAGGUCUUCGGAGAUGGCGGACGAGCAGGCGGGUGCCUCCCCGCUGGAGCUGUUCAACAGCAUAGCUGCCCAGGGAGAGCGCGUGAGAGCCCUCAAAGCCGGGCAGGCGGCCAAGGAUGAACUUGAUUCUGCGGUGCAGAAGCUGUUAUCACUAAAGAUGAGCUACAAAGCGGCCAUGGGGGAGGACUAUAAGCCUGACUGCCCCCCAAACAACCCAGCACCUGCGGGUGAGAGGGGCCCAGCUGCCACGGAAGCUGAAGAGGACUUUGUGGACCCGUGGACGGUACAGACGAGCAGUGCAAAAGGCGUUGACUAUGACAAGCUCAUUGUCCGGUUCGGAAGCAGUAAAAUUGACAAAGAGCUGAUCAACCGCAUAGAGAGAGCCACGGGCCAGAGGCCACACCGCUUCCUGCGCAGGGGCAUCUUCUUCUCACACAGGGACAUGAACCAAGUCCUCGACGCCUAUGAAAACAAGAAGCCGUUCUACCUGUACACGGGCAGGGGCCCCUCGUCUGAAGCCAUGCAUGUCGGCCACCUCAUCCCGUUCAUUUUCACAAAGUGGCUGCAGGACGUGUUCAAUGUACCCUUGGUCAUCCAGAUGACGGACGACGAGAAGUACCUGUGGAAGGACCUGACCCUGGACCAGGCGCACGGCUACGCCGUGGAGAACGCCAAGGACAUCAUCGCCUGCGGCUUUGACAUCAACAAGACCUUCAUCUUCUCCGACCUCGACUACAUGGGGAUGAGCCCAGGCUUCUACAGGAACGUGGUGAAGAUUCAGAAGCACGUGACCUUCAACCAAGUGAAAGGCAUUUUUGGCUUCACGGACAGUGACUCUAUCGGGAAGAUCAGCUUUCCUGCCAUCCAAGCUGCUCCCUCCUUCAGCAACUCGUUCCCGCAGAUCUUUGGGGACAAGACAGACGUCCAGUGCCUCAUCCCCUGUGCCAUCGACCAGGAUCCUUACUUCAGGAUGACGAGAGACGUCGCCCCCAGGAUCGGCUAUCCUAAGCCAGCCCUGCUGCACUCCACCUUCUUCCCCGCCCUGCAGGGGGCCCAGACCAAAAUGAGUGCCAGCGACCCCAACUCCUCCAUCUUCCUCAUAGACACUGCGAAGCAGAUCAAGAACAAGGUCAACAAGCACGCGUUUUCUGGAGGGAGGGACACCGUCGAGGAGCACAGGCAGUUUGGGGGCAACUGCGACGUGGACGUGUCCUUCAUGUACCUGACCUUUUUCCUGGAGGAUGACGACAAGCUGGAGCAGAUCCGGAAGGAUUACACCAGCGGAGCCAUGCUCACCGGGGAGCUCAAGAAGGAGCUCGUGGAUGUCCUGCAGCCGCUGAUCGCGGAGCACCAGGCCCGGCGCAAGGAGGUCACAGACGAGAUCGUCAAAGAGUUCAUGACCCCCCGGAAGCUGUUCUACGACUUUCAGUAACGCCCAUUUUAUAUCUGUACAUAACCAGCCAUAGUUCACCCUGAACCCCAGCCCAGUCCAAUUACUGCUCCACGUAGGCUGUCACAGCUUCCUGGUCCUGGUGUCCGUAACCCUGUCCGUCAGUACUGCUUCUCCCCAGGCCAUCCUUCCCGUCAGGGGCCAAGCCCUGUGUGCUGCCUGCGCAUGGGAGCCGGGGCUGGGCAGACAGGAGUCCCGCUGGCUCUCCCACAGGCACCCCGCCCGCCCAGAGCCAGCCUGCGCCGCCCUGGGAGCCCUGCACCGGCAGCGCCCUUCGGUGCCACGUAGACCCUCAAGGCCGCUGGUCAGGGAGCCUGCAGUCUGCAUGUACAUUUCAGGAAGUGUAAAGGGCACAGCCCAUCCCCCAAAACAAAAGGAAUUGCUAGCUGUGCAUUUGAUGGAGAGGUCUCCCAGCUUGAAAGCUGCUUUUCGCACAGAAUGUCGCCCGAAGAGGCCACUUUUAUUAGUUGAGUCUGUGGAGAAACUUCCCACACGUGAACUCCAGCCCCACGUGUUCUCUGCAGUCUCUGCCCUCCUCUGAGCCUCCCACAUGCUUCUAUCUACCAGCCAGCCCUGGGGACAGGCUCUGCACCCUGCCGGUGUCCUGGGCGGUGCCCCCAGGCCCCGAGAGAGCCGUUCAGUCUUGUGCCCUGUGUAGUCUGGAAAGCCCGCCGUGGGCUGCAGGGUCCACUCCUGAAUGCUCUACCCUCAUGUCGCUUGUUGGCCUAAAUAAAUUUCCUCUGGUCCCACAUG